CUUCGCGACGCAGCGCGUUUACAAGUGCGAGACAUUUAUAACAAGUCUCGGCGCCCAGGCUCAACGUUCCCUCGUGUGGUUUUCCUCGCUUGUAGCUCCAUUCGCCUGGGUCCACUUCGCAACAAGCUAUACCUCCUUCCUUUCUCGGCCAGCUGGAGAUACUUGUCAGUUCUUCAUCCCACGAGAUAGGCUUCACCGCUAUAGCAUGGCCCUGCCAUCUUGAGGAUAGCGGGGUAGAAUGGGCUCCUCGAUAGAAAUAUCGGUCCUUGGGGCCGACGGCCGACUGGAGACAAUUACGAAAGAACCAGACGGUAUCACUCAAGAGUGGGAAUCAAUAGCCGCGGGAGAUCUACGGAACUCUAUCAUGUUCCUCAGCAGUAUCGGCACACUGGCUUUACCUGGUACAUGGAAUCUCGCAGCUCUUGGACUGCGCGGCAUCUGACGCAAGGCAAGCGGCGAACUUAGACCGGAUAAGAUUGCCACAAAGUCGCAGCGAUGAGUUAUGGUGGCCGAAUCUAUAAGAGUGAUGGCCACCCGGUCAUGCUUGUAUCAUCCAACCAGCAAAGCUCAAACCCUGACCACCUUUGCUCCUAAGCCGUUCUAGCCCAUUCUAGUCACCAUGGUUUCGAUCACCUCUCUUCUCACCAGCUUCCUUGUGGUUGCUGGCGUUGUCAUUGCCAAACCGACGCCCAAGCUCGCUAAGCAGCCCGUAGUCACAUACCUCGGCACUCAAGGUCCUAUU